CUCGAAUCAUCUAUGCAAAUACAUCGAAUAAAUGUAUCAACUUAUGAUAAUAUCUGUCUAUAAAACCAACCGUAGCUUCUUCACACAUCAGACAACGUUAACGUUACUUCUCCGAUCCGUUGCUCUCCAAUUAUCAUCCAAUAACAGUUGCACAGUGCAGUGUCGAAAUGUUUUUCCUAGCAGCCUCCAUAUCUUCAACCAACAUCCUUCUGAUACUAGCGAUAGUAGCUUUACCUUUGCUGUGUAUCGAGAUAUACUACCGAAACAAGCAAAAGGCACACAAGCUGACCAAAGAUGGACUCCGACAAGCACCUACACCCAGGAAACUACCAAUACUCGGACAUCUCCACCUUCUGGGAGGCUAUGAGGUACCCUAUCAAGCCUUCAGUGCCCUAGGAGAGAAGUUUGGCAACGUGGUGAACCUGCAGCUAGGAAACGUCAAGUGUGUAGUGCUCAAUGGACAAGCAAACAUCAGAGAAGCUUUGGUCACCAAAGGGCAUCAUUUCGAUUCCAGGCCAAACUUCCAACGAUAUCAGCAGCUCUUCUCAGGAAAUAAAGAGAACUCAUUGGCAUUCUGCGAUUGGUCAGACAUCCAGAAAGCUAGGAGGGACAUGCUGAAGACCCACACCUUCCCAAGAGCGUUCACCAACAAAUACACGACAUUAGAGUACCUCAUAUCCAGCCGAACCGAGGCUAUGAUCGCCCAAAUCGAACCCAACCAAACCACAGAGCUCAAACCACUCAUCCUAGCUCACUGUGCUAACGUUUUCCUCAGUCAUUUCUGCACCAGAAGCUUCGAAUCGAACAACAAGGGUUUCAUCGAGAUGAUUGAAAACUUUGACGAAAUCUUCUACGAAGUAAACCAGGGCCAUGCUGCUGAUUUUCUCCCGUUCCUGAUGCCUCUCCACAAGAAGAACCUCCAACGUAUGAGCAAACUGACGCAUGAAAUCAGAGAUUUCGUCGAGAAAGAAGUGAUUGGGGACCGAUUUGAAAGCUUCGAUGUGGAAAGUGAACCGGAGGACUACGUUGAGAGUCUAAUUCAGCACGUGAAGUGCGGAAAAUCGCCUGAUCUUUCCUGGGACUCCGCCAUGUUUGCCCUAGAAGACAUCAUCGGUGGUCACACAGCAGUGGGGAACUUCCUGAUGAAGCUGUUUGGGUUCUUGGUUAGCGAACCUGAGGUGCAGAGGAAGAUCCAGGAAGAGAUCGAUGAAGCUGUGGAGAAUGGUCGCUUGGUUACUAUUGGCGACAGGAAUAACAUGCCUUACACUGAAGCUGUCAUAUUCGAAGCUGUUAGACUCAUCGCAUCUCCUAUCGUUCCCAGGGUGGCGAACCAAGAUAGCUCCAUUGAUGGUUAUAGUAUCGAAAAGGGGUCAGUGAUGUUUUUGAACAACUACGAUUUGAGUAUGUCCAAUGAAUUGUGGGACAAGCCACAAGAGUUCUUGCCAGAAAGGUUCAUAAAGAAUGGUAGAGUGGUGAAACCAGAGUAUUUUCUGCCGUUUGGAGGUGGUAGAAGAAGUUGCUUGGGAUACAGGAUGGUGCAGCUCAUUUCUUUUGGCUUCCUGGGUGGUUUGAUGCAGAACUUCAGUAUCGUUCCCGUAGAAAAUGAAUCGUACAAAGUUCCCAUAGGAUCACUUGCUUUGAAAAAAGAUACUUUCAAAUUUUGUUUCGUGAGGAGAUGA